UACGGCCCCCGCAGCGCGGCGCCCAGCCCGGCGCAGCUCCCACCCGUGGACGCAGGACCGAGGCUCGCUCCUGCGGUGCGCCGGUUUUCCUGCCGCUGCCUCGCCCGGCACAGCCCCCGCCCGCACUCCGUGCCCUGCGCUGGAUUUAUGAAUGGGGGGAAGAGGCCACAUGCCACCGCCGCCUCGUGUUGACCGAACGCAGCCCUGGCCCUUGGAGCUCCGGCAGCCGUGAGAGCGUCGGCCCGGUCCCGAGAGCCGCUCGGAGGACUUGUUGCUGCUGCGCUGCCGCCGCUACCGCGGGGAAACCAGCCGCUCCCGCGUCGGCGCGCUCUGGGAGCCGGAGGGUGGCCCGCGUGAGUGUGAGCGAGCGCCGGACCCUCACUGGGCACCAGACUGUGCGCCUCCGUUUUCUAGGGGGCUGGGGGGCGUGUCUCCGUCCGGCCGCGUUCCCUGUCCUAGCGGGAGAGCCGGCCGGUGCGUGCCCCUACGUCCCAGGCCCCUCGCUUGAGUCCCCUGCUCUUCUCUCCCUCUCCGGCCUCGCUCCCCUCCACUGCCUGCCCAAACGCAACCACCUGUGCACCAGAGAAAGCCAACUCCUCCCGCUUCGCGCCCCGGGGGCGGGGGGGAAGGCAGGGGCAGGGCCGCGCAGCAGAGGGGGCCGCCGCAGCCUCCUGCCUCCUCCCCGUCUCCUCCCCCUCCCCUGUCUGACGCUGCCUUCUCUGGAAGGGUGUUUGGAGGGCAGCGGCCGCCCCAAGCCGGAGCCCUGCAGCGCUUCUUAUGAUCAGCUCGGUGUGUGUUUCCUCCUACCGCGGGCGCAAGUCGGGGAACAAGCCUCCGUCCAAAACAUGUCUGAAGGAGGAAAUGGCCAAGGGCGAGGCGUCGGAGAAGAUCAUUAUCAACGUGGGCGGGACGCGACAUGAGACCUACCGCAGCACCCUGCGCACCCUACCGGGCACCCGCCUUGCCUGGCUGGCCGAUCCUGACGGCGGGGGCCGGCCCGAGUCCGAUGGCGGUGGCGCGGGCAGCAGUGGCAGUAGCGGCGGCGGGGGUUGUGAGUUCUUCUUUGAUCGGCACCCUGGCGUCUUCGCCUACGUGCUCAACUACUACCGCACGGGCAAGCUGCACUGCCCCGCCGACGUGUGCGGGCCGCUCUUCGAGGAGGAGCUCACCUUCUGGGGCAUCGACGAGACCGACGUGGAGCCGUGCUGCUGGAUGACCUACCGGCAGCACCGCGACGCCGAGGAGGCCCUCGACAUCUUUGAGAGCCCAGACGGGGGCAGCGGUGGCGCGGGGCCCAGCGACGAAGCCGGUGACGAUGAGCGGGAGCUAGCCCUGCAACGCCUGGGCCCCCACGAGGGAGGCGCCGGUCCGGGCUCGGGGUCCGGGGGCUGCCGCGGCUGGCAGCCCCGCAUGUGGGCGCUCUUUGAGGACCCCUACUCCUCCCGGGCCGCCAGGGUGGUAGCCUUUGCCUCUCUCUUCUUCAUCCUGGUUUCCAUCACCACCUUCUGCCUGGAGACCCAUGAGGCCUUCAACAUUGACCGAAAUGUGACAGAGAUCCACCGGGUGGGGAACAUCACCAGCGUGCACUUCCGGCGGGAGGUGGAGACAGAACCCAUUCUGACCUACAUUGAGGGCGUGUGUGUGCUGUGGUUCACACUGGAAUUCCUGGUGCGAAUUGUUUGCUGUCCAGACACCCUGGACUUUGUCAAGAAUCUGCUCAACAUCAUUGACUUUGUAGCUAUCCUUCCCUUCUACCUGGAGGUCGGGUUGAGCGGCCUGUCAUCCAAGGCGGCCCGCGAUGUGCUAGGCUUCCUGCGCGUGGUGCGCUUCGUCCGUAUCCUGCGGAUCUUCAAGCUCACGCGACACUUCGUGGGCCUCCGGGUGCUGGGUCACACUCUGCGCGCCAGCACCAAUGAGUUCCUGCUGCUCAUCAUCUUCCUGGCCCUAGGUGUGCUGAUCUUUGCCACCAUGAUCUACUAUGCUGAGCGCAUCGGUGCCAGACCCUCCGACCCACGGGGCAAUGACCACACCGACUUCAAGAAUAUCCCCAUCGGCUUCUGGUGGGCUGUGGUCACCAUGACAACACUGGGGUACGGGGACAUGUACCCCAAGACAUGGUCGGGCAUGCUAGUGGGGGCGCUGUGUGCGCUGGCCGGGGUGCUCACCAUCGCCAUGCCUGUGCCAGUCAUUGUCAACAACUUCGGCAUGUACUACUCCCUGGCCAUGGCCAAGCAGAAGCUGCCCAAGAAACGGAAGAAGCACGUGCCUCGACCAGCGCAGCUUGAGUCACCCCUAUACUGCAAGUCUGAGGAGACCUCUCCCCGGGACAGCACCUACAGUGAUACCAGCCCCCCUGCCCGGGAAGAGGGUAUGGUUGAGAGGAAACGGGCAGACUCUAAGCAGAACGGAGAGGCCAAUGUGGUGCUGUCUGACGAGGAGGGAGCUGGACUCACCCAGCCCCUGGCCUCUGCCCCCACCCCUGAGGAGCGCCGGGCCUUGCGACGCUCUGGCACGAGAGACAGAAACAAGAAGGCGGCUGCCUGUUUCCUGCUCAGUGCUGGGGACUAUGUCUGUGCGGAUGGCAGUGUCCGGAAAGAUCUCUGUCUCCUGUCCAGCUGAGAGCAAAGACUGAAUAUUAACAUGCCUGGUAUUAAGUGAGGACUCCAUAAAGGCUGACUGAAUACAAAGCACUUGUUUGGAAUUGGAACCUUAAGUUUGUACUGCCAACCAUAUUUCAGCAACAAGCCUGGAAGGUGGGGAAUACAGGAAAGGCAAGACCCUCUUUUCAGAACCCCAGCCUCUUUGGGUCAUUCCCAGUUCUUGACUGUUAUGAUUCCAAGGGGAUGCUGGCCAAAGCAAGUCCCUUUCAAAGUGAGGGCCCAGAUAUGUUUUCUAUCCCUUCUUGCCUCAUGGCUUGAACUCUCGACAGCUUCAGCACUGUGAAUCUUUUGCCAGACAGGCCUGACUGUUCUCCAGGACUGAACACAGAGGCACAUUCAUUAUCAGAGGUCAGUAGCAGUGCUGCCCUUAAGAGCCAAGUCUUCUGAGAGCCCUGGAGAAAUCUCUGUAGGUCAUUAGACCCGGCUAAUAAUUGUAAAAAUAUGCCUCUCCCUUUUGCCCUCCUGGCCAUGGAGGGAGCUGGCUGGCUGGCAACUGAGGGCAGAAGUUGAUUGCAAAUUCCUUGAGGACAGAGGCUUUCUAUUUGUAUGCGGGGCACCUGGUUAGCCUGGUGUGCUGUGGACAUCCAGUGAAUGCUAAUCUACCUCCCCUUUCUGCCCAGCUCCAGGUCCAGAGCCAGCUCCCUUCCAAUGGGCCUGAUAGAUAAACUUCCUGGCCCAGACAGAACACUGCUUAAUCAUUCCCCACUCUGGGAGUCUGGGCAGGAUCAGCUGCUAAUUAAGCAUCAAGCUCAGGGCUGCUAACCUUUCAGAAGUGUCAGAGUGAUUCUGCCCUUGUCUACAUUCCUUAAAAAAAAGAAAAAGCAAAAGUUGGUAGAGGGUUUGUUCCUGGAAAAGGAAAGUAAAAGCAACAUUUCUUUUGUAAAAACUGUAGUGAGAUAUACUUGACACAGAUUUACUGUUCUGACCAUAUUUCAGCGCACAGGCUCGGUAACAUACAGUCCACUUACACUGUGGUGCAGGUCAUCACCACCGUCCAUCUCCGGAACUCUUCGUCUUUCCAGACUGAGACUCUGUAUCCAGUGAACGCCAGCUCUUUCCCUUCUCCCUCAGCCCUGGAAACCUGCAUUCUACUUUCAGUCUCUCUGAAUUUGACUGCUCCACAUACUUCAUAUAAGUUGAAUCAUACAAUAUUUUCCUUUUUGUGAGCAGCUUAUCUCAAUUAGCAUAAGGUCCUGAACUUUCAUCCAUUUAGCGUGCAUCAGAAUUUUUCUUUUCUAAGAGAAAUUCUUUUAUUUUUCAAGGAAAACUAUUCUGUUGUAUGUUUAGAACAUGUUUUAUUUAUCCAUUCCUCCACUGAUGGACUCUUAGGUUGAAUAUAUUUUGGCUGUUGAGAUAAUGCUAUGUAUAUGCAAAUGCCUGCUCAAGCCCUUGUUUUCACUCUUUC